UUGUAUUACAGUUUGAAUAUAUACUGUACUGCGCACCACGUGACUUCCUUUCCGGUCUAACCUGACAAUAUGGAUGCCAGCCGCGUGCAGCCGAUCAAGCUUGCUAGAGUCACCAAGGUGCUCGGGAGAACGGGUUCCCAGGGACAGUGUACCCAGGUCCGUGUGGAGUUCAUGGAUGACAGCAACCGGUCCAUCAUCAGGAAUGUGAAGGGGCCAGUCAGAGAAGGCGAUGUGUUGACACUUCUGGAGUCUGAAAGGGAAGCCAGGAGGCUACGAUAGUGGCCGGGGAAGAUGUGAGAUGCCAAAUGAAAGCCUGUGGAGAUGACACCCCAUCAGUACACCUGAAAAUGGCCCCACAUCUCACUUGUGCAAAGUUAAUGAAAUAAAAUGUUGUUCAAGGCGAA